AUCGAUUCUCGUUGAGUUUCGCGCCAGAGGGAGUCGAUUGCUCGCUCAACCCCCGGCCUCGCGUGUUUCCUGCACAGCGAUAUCGCGAACGCAGCCGCUACCGCUGCCGCUGCUGCUGCGUCGCCGCGAUUCUCAUCUAAACGCUCCAUCAAAGCCCCCCGAAGUCGGCUCGCUCCGCCUGGACCGCGCAGGGAAACUCGUUCCGAGAGGCCGGCUACGUCUUCCCCCGAGACCGGUUCCCCGGGGGUAGUGGGCCGUGUCCACCAGGCGGCCGCCCGGCCGAGGUGUUCCGAUUCCGGUAGAGGCGACCAGGACAGAGCGGGGGCUCAUCCGCGGCCUACUGUUGAAGCCGCUUCGCGUGACUUGGUGACCUUGGAAAACAUGUUGCAAGGAAUCUCAAGGAGACAGCUAAAGUUCAUCCGUAAAGUGUUCGCUGUUUGUCAUCAAACGCAACUAAAAAGAACUUCUUACGACUUUGUUGGGGUUUGCAUUGGUGGGCAGCGGUCUGCCCUGCAACCGCUGGUGCACUGCCUGGGGUGUGCCCGUUCCGGAGCCGUCACUCGGUUCUACAGCAGCGGUAACAUCAGUCAAGGCGGCACCGACAAGGAGGGUGGAGGCACCAAGGAGACCGCUAAAAAUGGUGCGACUACGGAAGCUGGAGCGACCAUCAGGAAAGAAGCCACGUCACCACCAGACUCGGCAACUCAAGCUGCCACGACCAGGCCGCUGAAUGCAAACACAGUUCUGGCCUCAUUUGCACCGGAACAGAUACAGAUUCGAGUGAAACCUGUGCUCAAAAAGCGGGAGUAUGGAACCCGCUACACCCAAAACAACUUCAUCACGGCCGUGCGGGCCAUGAACGAAUUCUGUCUGAAUAGCAGUGACCUGGAAAAACUGCGGAGGAUUCGCAGGAGAAGUCCUCAUGAUGACUCGGAAGCCUUCACCGUGUUCCUGCGGUCGGACAUAGAAGCAAAGGCGCUGGAUGUGUGGGGCAGCUUGGACGCUCUGGCACGGGAGAGGCGGCGUCGAAUGGUGAUCGAGGAAGAAUACAAAGAAAAUGUUUUCAGGACCCACAAGCUCCUGAAGGAAUAUAAGGAAUUUUUUGGCGAAACAAAGCCCAAAGCAAGCACGACGGGCGCCUUCAUGAAAGGGCCUGGGAAGGUGGUCAUGGUUGCCAUCUGCAUAAAUGGGCUGAACUUCGUUUUCAAGCUGCUGGCCUGGCUGCACACGGGCUCAAGCAGCAUGUUUUCCGAAGCCAUCCACUCGCUUUCCGACACUGCCAACCAGGCCAUUCUCGCGCUGGGAAUCUAUCACUCGGUCAAAAAUCCUGAUCCGAAUCAUCCGUACGGCUUCAGCAACAUGCGCUACAUCGCAUCGCUCAUCAGCGGCGUGGGCAUCUUCAUGAUGGGCGCCGGGCUGUCCUGGUACCACGGGGUCAUGGGGCUGCUUCACCCACACGCCAUCCAAUCGCUGCUGUGGGCUUUCUGCAUUCUUGGAGGCUCGCUCAUUUCUGAAGGAGCCACCCUUCUCGUCGCCAUCAAUGAAAUAAAGAAAGGCGCCCGAGCAAAAGGAAUGACCUUCUUCGAUUACGUUCUCCGGAGUCGGGACCCCAGCACCAACGUGGUGCUGCUGGAGGACUCGGCCGCCGUGCUCGGGGUGGUGAUCGCCGCCGGAUGCAUGGGCAUCACGUCGCUGACCGGGAACCCGCUGUACGACAGCGUGGGCUCGCUGGGCGUGGGCACGCUGCUGGGCAUCGUGUCCGCCUUCCUCAUCUACACUAACACCGAGGUGCUGCUGGGCCGGUCCAUCCAGACCGAUCAGCUCAGGCGCAUCACAGAGUUCCUGGAGAACGACCCCAUGGUCAGGGCCAUCCACGACGUGAAGGCCACUGACAUGGGCAUGAACAAAGUGCGCUUCAAGGCGGAGGUGGAUUUUGACGGGCGGGUGCUGACACGCUCUUACCUGGAGAAGCAGGACAUCGAGCAGAUGCUGAACGAGAUCCAGAUGGUGCGGACGGCUGAGGACCUGGAGGGGUUCAUGCUGAAGCACGGGGAGAACAUCGUGGACACACUGGGCGCUGAGGUGGACCGGCUGGAAAAGGAGCUCAAGAAACAAAAUCCGGAGGUGCGUCACGUGGACCUGGAAAUUUUGUGAGGUCACCCACAGACCCGACCUGCCGUCCCACCCCUUGCGGCCGGGCCCGCCAGCCAACCUCCAACUUGGCGUGGACUUGAGUGGGGGCGGCGGCAGAUAUGAGGAAAGCCACCGUCGGGCCACCGCGGCGUCACUACAGACCAAGCCGCCCCCUUCUCGGAGGCGUUUCAAAACCACGACUGCUGCAUGACAAUCGCUAGACUGGCUCCGAGCACGCGUCUACGCGCUCAAGUGACGUUCGUAGCUUUUUUUUUUCGUGUCCUUGUGCAUCGUCCUCUUGCUCCUCUCGCUUUCCACUUAAAGCGACUGUGGUCAAGUGCACUUUAUGUCUUUUGAUGCAGUAGUAACUUUGUUCCACCGAUUGCUGUGCCGGCUACUAAUAUCUACGUAAUGUUAUAUCGCAAGUAAAAUAAAAUAACAACUUGAUGUUUAGAGCAGGUUAUAAAGUUUCGUGGCGGACUGCAGGGCUCAGGCCAGAUUCCCUGUAAUGUCUGACGUCGUUAAUCAUCAUCCCGCGUUCCAUGCCGCCCCUUGUGAAUGUACAAACCUGGUCCUUGUUAUCGUGUCGCGAGCAGAGAAUUUCAAACUGCUGCUGUGCUCGGCAGCGAUCGCAUCUCGUCCAUUUGCGGGUAGGCGUGUAACAAAUUGUCAAAUUCAUCGAUUAAAAUCGAUUCUUACCCUCGUGUGAGGAUCCAUCAUUUACCACUCGUAUGUACGCCGUACGUUCCCAAUUCACGUGACGCCUCCCAGACUAAUAAAGAUUAUGGAAGCCAUUGCGAUGUUGGAUUUUAAAAAAAAACAUACCCAAAUCAUGACGUUCAAAUCGCGAGGUGGGACGGAGGAUGAAACGUAACAGACCUACUUGGCAGUCCUUGUGAAAUCGGAUUUCGUAAUGUACUCUUGCUUAAACGUGUCACUAUUCCCUUAUUUAAAACAUUUCAGAAUGUUUCUCGUUUUCCCUUCUCUUCGUGUGGUAACCGUCACCGCCAUCAGCACCACAACUGUGCUGUUGAGGGCUUACGAUCGCAGCUGCUUCAAGAGGUGCGAACGUAGCGCUCCGCACUUCUCUUGCGAAUUGUCCACUAGAGGGCGAGCGGUGGCCGCUUGUAGGAGCAAGAUUCACUUAGACGCCACACCGGAAUGUAUCGCGGCUGAAGAUGACCGUGUUCACGCUAACGAUGCGGAGGACACGCACGGCCAGCCGAUAGUUCGUGUGGGCGCAGAGCAUACGCAACGCAUCAAUUUAUGAAAAAUAAAACGCACACUGGGCAAGGACGUGCAAACGUUUGUCCUCGGCGCUUGAGUGGAAUAUCUGUUAAAAGUAGCGCAUCUUUUAUAUCUGUCCCUCUUCUCCUGUACCCUCUGGAGGCUCACUGAAGAGCUAUUUUUUUUCUGGACGUUAGCUAUUUCCCAAAGGUAAUUUUAAUUGAAUCGGUAAAACUUUUUCGACUGAAACAGCAAUUUGGAAAUCCAGUGUGUGGAGCUAGUGAAGUAAAUAAUUACAAAAGCUAUAAAACCUGGUUGCCUCUGGCCCAAUCACCCAGAAUGCAUCCACGGGACAACAUUGUUCUACGGCAUAUGGCAGUACAGCAAAAUCAAAUGGUUACUUUCGUCUAUGCCAACCCCUUCACCAACCCGCACUGACAAGCAUGUUGGAAGUAUGGUCAUAUAACCACACGGCGUGAGGAGGCCCUCAUCCAGCAGUGGAUUUACUAAGUUAUGCACUUUUGCGGGACUUUGUAAUUGAUCGACGCAAGCUUAUUCCUUGGCUCGAAUCUUUUCCACGAACCAAUGUAUCUUUUUUCUGGACGGAUAAUUUCAUAACGACAUUUGUUUCAGCAGGAAAAGUCUGGAUUUCGUCUUUCCAGAUCUCAUCAGCAGAUGGUCAAACCUUAUCUAUCCGGAGCUUGCCUGCUCAAACAAAUGUUGGGUUUAGAUACAAGCAUCUCAAAAAGACCCACAACUUACAAGGCAGCCUGGACAAAUCGCAAAUAAUAUCUGCACCAGUCCUGAUUUCUCUGGGUGAGCUGCCUGUGUAACUGUGAUCGCAAAUGAAGCCUUGCCGCAUAACAAAGAUGAAUGCAAGAGUGACCACGAGACUCGGUUUGGGAUUCUUUUGCGUCGACAAACUAGUAUUGUUGCUCUUUACAAAUUGUUCCCACAUAAUAAUACAGCAGUGGAUAGGUCAUGGCCGUGCCAUGCAGACUGCAUUAUGACUACGAGACCCUGCUUGCAUUUCAAACAUCUCGAAAUUAAGUGAGUGUGUGUGUCUAUAUUCUUGGUUCUUUCGGUAAAGUCACGUAGAAGGGAAACAAUAAAAUAAUAAAAAUAUAAAA